AGUAAUAUUUAUUAUACAGAUUUUUAUGUAGUUCAUAUCCUCUAGCAAAAUGGAGAACCGUCAACUGGAUACAAUAUUCGGCUUCAUCCUAAACAUAAUGUUUCCAAUCAAGUUGUUACUCCGUGUCUACUCACUAGGCAUCCUGAUGAUAGACUUCAUGUGGGUGUGGGUGAAUGCAGCCUUGGCCAUUAUGCAGGCUAUGUAUGAGCUGUUCUGGCCACCUCCCAUGAAGUCCUUGAAUAUGGAGACGGCUUUAGUCAUAGGCUCCGGCAGAGGAGUAGGCCGGGAGCUAGCCAUCCAGCUCUCUGAUCUAGGUGCCAUUGUACUCUGUGUAGACAAGAACAGCGCCAACAACAAGGGUACCCUGGACGCGAUCAAGCGGCGCGGCGGCUCGGCACUUAGCUUCACUUGUGAUAUUACAAAGAAGCAGAAUGUUGAGGAGUUGGCGACACAAGUGCGGAAGGAGAUAGGUUUUGUUAGCAUGCUGUUCAACUGCUGCGGCAUUCCCAGUCCGCGAUCUCUGCUCACGCAACCUCCGCAAGACAUACAUGAAACUUUGGAUCUCACACUUACAUCGUUUUUCUGGCUCAUAGACCAGUUCAUCCCAGCCAUGAAAGCGAAGAACCGCGGCCACAUAGUAGCGCUGACUUCAGUAGCCGGUCUCAGCUACAUCAAGGAUCAGAUGCCAUUGAGUGUCGCCCAGUUUGCUGUCCAAGGGCUGGCAGAAUCCCUCAUGGAGGACCUGAGAAUAAACAGGAUAGACGGGGUCCACGUGACCCUGACCCACAUCUAUCCGUUCAUCGUAGGGGAAGACAGCUCGGAAUUGAGGUUAAGGAUACCAAGCUACUUUGGUACUAUAACCCCGCAAGUGGCAGCCUCCAGUAUACUAGAGAGCGUCCGUCGGAAUUACCCCGAAGCGUCAGUGCCUAAACACCUUCUCUUCCUAGGCCACCUGCUCCGGAUACUACCCAGGAAGGCCACAGUACUGAUACGGGACCUAUUAGACACGGGUGUGGAUUUUGCGUGAUACUAGUA